CAUAAGCUUUGAGAUCUGAGAUCAAUCUCUCUGUGGGGUAGGUCUUGAUGUUCUUGCUUUCUUGGACUGCAAUCACCUUCAUCUUCCAAGCUGAAGGCAGUCCCCUGAGAAUCUUCAUGUUGACCUCUUUGAUGGUGAGCUCCUUUCCAAGCUCAGAAAUUUCACUGAUUAGAAUCAGCAGUCUCUCAUGCAUUUUAGCAAUGCAUUCUUCUGGUAGAAGUUUGAAGUCAUCAAACUUCUUCAUAGCAAUGGUCAACUUGUUAUCUCUUUCUUGCUCAUCUCCUGCUCCAAUCUCAUCCAGCUUAUCCCAGAUUUCUUUGGCAGUUCUGCACUUCUUGAUUCUGUUGAAGUAUCUUUCAUCAAUAGCCUUGUAAAGAAUGUCCUUGGCUAUAUUAUCUAGGUUGUACUGCCUUUUCUCUUCCUUGGUCCAUUCUGACCGGGCUUUCUCAAUCAUCUGGGGUUGAGAGUUGUCAAUAGAGUGAGCAGGAUUGAUCUUCAUGAACUGGAUGAAGGGUCCAUUCUCCAAGACUUCCCACAUUUCAUCAUGUAGGGCACAUAGAUGUGCCUUCAUUCUGAUCUUCCAAUCAUCAUACUUUUGAUCUGUGAACAUAAGAUGCUUUGCAAGAGAAUUAUCCAUUAUAAUAAAAAAAAAGGCUAAGAACAAGUGGAUCUUUGUUCAGAGAGUAACCUAAAAGAUUACAAGAACAAGGAGGCUCUGAUACCACUUGUUGGUCCCGUUAAAUAUGGUAAUCAGUCUAGAGGGGGGGGGGGUGAAUAGACUGAUUGAUUUUUCAAAUUUUCUCUAAGUCCAAAAUGACUUAUCAGAGAAGGUCUGAUUCUGGUGACAGAGAAAGGCUGGUUCUGAUAUCAGAACUGGCCUUGGCAGCGGAUCCUGAUCUGUCCGGGUAGCCUCAGAAACACUAAGGCAGAUGCCUUUCUGAUAACUCUGAAAACAAGAUCUGCUGAACACAGAUUCCAAGUCUUAGAGUUAAUCAGUUAAUAUCCUAAGCGCAGAAAUAAAGAAAAAUGCAGUAAAGUAAAUGACACCGGAUAUUUUUAUAGUGGUUCAAGGAACAACUCGUUCCUCUAGUCCACUGUUCCACUAGCUUUGAAGUAGAUCGGUUACAAAGCUUAAUUCCUAGCACUUAAGAAGUUCUCCACGCCUUCUUCAAGCCUAGCUGCCACCCAGGAUGCAGUUCCACGUCCUGAUGGCUGGUCCUUUCACUCAGCUUCCCGGAAGUAUCACCACUUCACUACUGCAGUUACUUGGACGCCCUUCUUUUCAGAAGAUCCUUUUGAAAAACAGAGUUUUUCCUCCAACUUGCUUCGUCACAAAUGAUGUUUGAUGAAGUUCUUGAAGAGUUGAAGAACAGGAUGAACUUUGCUUGUUUGUUGGGGAUGAGAGAUUUGGAGUUUGAAUCUUCCCAACGUAAGCUUGUCUUGUUGAAGGUUGUAGAGUUUGAAUCUCAAGAGAGCUUGAAUGAUGAUUUGCAAGAGUUGUAGCAAAGUUGUAGCAAAGUUGUAGCAAAGUUGUAGCAAAGUUGUAGCAAAGUUGUAGCAAAGUUGUAGCAAAGUUAUUUUCCUGAUCUUCGGUGUGUAGCUUAUAUACUGAGGUUGUCUGCCCGUUGGAGGAGGAGACAACUGCAUUAAAUGCGCGUACAAUUGACUUGACCGCCGUUUUGGAAGGUUUCUAUUUUUAUAAUAUAUCUUCCCGGAUUUCUUGGUCAAUUAUUUGCAAUCAAUCCUUCAGCGUAUCAGGCUCAUUUAAUGUGCUUUAAAUGCUUUCCUUUCAUGCACAGUCUUGUAGCCGUUGGAUGUUUUUACCCGUUGAAUUCAUAGCUGUUGGAUGUUGCUUGAAAUCUUCUAAGUGUUCGUCGGGCUCUGAUCAGGCUCUUCUGAUGUGUUGGAUUCUGAUGACUUUCUGACGAGUUGAGUUCUGAUGGUCUUCUGAUCUCUGACUGAACUCUGACUCUGACUCUGAUAGGUCCGCUGAUGAGUACUUCUGAUCUGUAGUUCUCAUCGGUUAUCAGAUGUCCAGGUUUAUCAGCAACUCUUAUGAUGCAAUUCUGAUGGACUUCUGCUAAGAGAACUCUGAUGGAGCAGUUCUCAUAGAGCAAGUCUGGUCGAGCAGUUCUGAUGCACUUCUGAUCUGAUCCAAAACUGAGCAACUCUGAUCGUCGACUACACUAAUACUUACAACUGAAAAUUCUAAUACAUAAAAUCUAAUUUGGGGGUACUCUAACUUUCUAAUCCUAUAGCAUCAUCAAAAUCUAAUUACAUUUAUUCCUUACAAACGUCUUAUGCACCACGAUCGGCCCCUCAGCGCCAUCGUGUCCAGAUUCACGGUUCGGCUCGCUCAUUCCCUUCCAGGAUGGCGACGACCGUCUUAUGCAGUACGAUCGGCCCCUCAGCGCCAUCGUACCCAGCUCACGUUCAGCUCGCCCAUUCCCUUCCAGGAUGGCGACGACCGUCUUAUGCAGUACGAUCGGCCCCUCAGCGCCAUCGUACCCAGCUCACGUUCAGCUCGUCCAUCCCCCCAGGAUGGCGACGAACGUCUUAUGCACCACGAUCGGCCCCUCAGCGCCAUCGUGUCCAGAUUCACGGUUCGGCUCGCUCAUUCCCUUCCAGGAUGGCGACGACCGUCUUAUGCAGUACGAUCGGCCCCUCAGCGCCAUCGUACCCAGCUCACGUUCAGCUCGUCCAUCCCCCCAGGGCGGCGACGAACGUCUUAUGCACCACGAUCGGCCCCUCAGCGCCAUCGUGUCCAGAUUCACGGUUCGGCUCGCACAUUCCCUCCAGGAUGGCGAUGACCGUCUUAUGCAGUACGAUCGGCCCCUCAGCGCCAUCGUACCCAGUUCACGUUCAGCUCGUCCAUUCCCUCCAGGAUGGCGACGAACGUCUUAUGCACCACGAUCGGCCCCUCAGAGCCAUCGUGUCUGGCUCAUGUUCGGCUCGCCCAUCCCUUCCAGGAUGGCAACGAACGUCUCUCAUGCAGCACAAUCGGCCCCGCCGUGCCAUUGUGUCGGGUUCAUCUCCAGAUUGCCCAUCCCAUCUAGGAUGGCGACGACCAUCUUAUGCAGCAUGUCUUCCUCUCGGCGCUGACAUGCCCGGGUUAUCGAUGAGAGCCACCGCUUUCUAUUACAUCUCACAUUCCUUCUCUCAUACAUUGCACCCAUACAUUACAUGCAUUCAUACAUUCAUGCAUCAUACCUCAUACAUUCAUACGUACACAUGUGCAUCAUGUUUUGACAGUACCGCGACGUCGGUUUAUAGAUGCAUGGACCUCUAAGCUUCUCCGAUUGGAAAGCUCGAGUCAGAGUGCUUUACUCCCGCCUGAUGCAUUCAGGCGGAGUGUGCCCGUGGAGGAGCACCCUUCGCCCGACCCUGUCGGGAAGGGGGGGGGGGUGCCUCACUGGUAGAUUACGUUCAGGAGUCCAGACACUCACUCAUAUAUGAUGAUUAUGUGAAGACACAGUUUCCAGCAAGACAGAGGAAGGGCGCAGGCAGAGUAUAUUUUCUCGAGCAGAUUCGCGAGCUCACUACUCAAGAAACUGGGGGACUUGUGUUGGGAUAUAUUAUCCCGACCUAUUACUGUUCAGGAGCCCAAGACAUUACUCACUACGGAGCCCGAGCAGCUAGGCCCAUUUCGGCCCAUCCGGCCCACUUUAGCCAUUUCGGCCCGCUUUGGCCCACGCGGCCCGUUAGGGUGGAGAGCAUCCCCUCCCCCUAUUCUCUAUAAAUAUGGGAGCUUCCCUCCAUAUUAGGGAUCCCUUUUUCCUUCUUCCUCCUUCUCACUAGAAUAGCUUAGAACUCCAUUAAUGGGAGCUUCAAUACUUGUACUAUGUAAUGGUGAGGAGAGAUUAAGGAGAAUGAGAGGGCUUGGACAUUAGCCUAAAAAGUCCCGUGGUUUUCUCCCUUUCGGGUUUCCACGUAAAAACUGAGUGUUCAUACAUAUAUUUACUAUAUCGUGUUGGAUUAAACUCAACAAUAACUAAGGGAGUGUUUGCCAUUGCUUCGACUUAGAAAAAAUGAUUUUUUAAAGUGAUUUUAAAGAAAGUACUUUUUUGUAAAGGUUGGUAGUGUUUUAGAAUAGAAGUGAUUAUGACAGAAAAGUUAAAGUUGAAGUGUUUGAUAAAAAAGUGAUUUUUUAUGUAAUAUUUUGUUGAAAGACAAAAUAAACCUUUAGUACAUGCUUUCGUAUAUAUUAGACGUGUCUCUUGUUCAACAUCUGAGCCAUCCCUUUUCAUGUCAGAAUUCCAUGAAUCAGCUUCCUUCCCAAAUGAACCUGUUUCCAAGCUCCAAUCGACGAAUUAAUGGUUGUCCGUCGCCGCCCAACAGAUUUAUCCCUAAGAAAACUGCAUCUGCUCAACUGCCACUCAUGGUGGCCGGAUUCUUUGAGCUUUGUUUGGAAUCUGAGAAUACAUUCUCUCCCCUGCCUUUUUAUAUGUUCGUAUGAUUGAAGGUCGGACGUAGAAGCGGCUUAUUGUUGUCUUGGUGUUGAAAACCAUCACCGGAUGUCGCUCCCAAUGGUCACUAGUGACUGAACUCACUGGUCGGUAGUGUCUUGUGUGAUUGGUAGCAAUGCGUAUAUGGGUAUAUGAAGGAUAAGGAUGAGGGACAUUUAAGACUUUGACUUAUUAUUUACCUCAUUAUAACCCUCCUUAAAGUUAAAAGUAUUUACCAAAAGCCCUAGAAGCAGUUAGAAGCUACUCCCUACCUCAUUCUCUCCUCUGCACAAAUUUCAAUCACACAUGUUUUAGUAUUCUUAUUUCUCACCUACUUUGCACUUGACAAAGUCCACCGGGAUGGAGGGAAUAACUUAGUCAUUUGACUCAUUUCUUUCUGUCACAGGGACUUGUAGAAUGUAGCUUGGCUAAAUUAUGACACCUUCCUCGGAAGGUUGACAAGGAGCAUAAUAAAGAGCAAAAUAACAAAGAGCAAGAUUAUGAUGUAUGGGGAGGCAGGGGCGGAGCCAGGACAAGAAGUAGGACUGGGCCGGUUUCCCACUAAAACAGUUACUCCCUCCGUCCCGUUAAAAUUGACCAAUCUUUCUUUUCCGGUCCGUUCCACUAAAAUCGUCUCAUAGGUACUAAAUUUGGUAAGAUUGUGUAAUUUUAAAUCAUUUGUACUUUAUCAAUUUAAUAUUAGCUACACAAACUCACUUUUCUUAAUAACCGCACCAUCUCCUCAUAUCUUAAUGUUAGUGGGAUGGAGGUAAUAUUUGAAAUAUAAAUUUCUAAAUAUAGAUAUUUUACAAAAUCAAUAUCGUUCAACUUCACUAUAAAACUAAUUACAAAAAAUAUAUACUGCAAUAUAUUGAAAAGGCAGAUGCACUCUGGCUUUUUAUAUUAGAAAACAUGUUGAUAAGAGAGUUUAUGGUGUGUUUGGAUCUAGUGUUUAAAACUGCUUCUACUCUUUGAGGAACAUCAGCAGCAGACAUAUUGGAG